GCCGGCGGAAACGACAAGCCGUCGCCGGCGGCAUCCGCUACAAGAGCGACACGUCCCCGCAUCGCUCUCCAGCUCAGGCCAGCCACCACCACCACCCCCACCGCACACGCCUGCUUCGCCGAUCGCUCUCCGUCGCUGACAACCGCCUCCUAAUCCCCCCCUCACCGCAUUGCACCGCGUGUUCUCGCAUGCUGCUGCUCUCCCUCGCGCAGGCGCCCCCGCUGCUGCUACCCGCGACGACCCCUCGCGCCCCUUCCCGGCGCCGCGAGCCCGCAUCGGCCAGCCUAAGGCGGCUCGCGUCACGGGCGCGAGGCGUCUCGGUCGCUCCUCGUCCUGUCCGCGCGGUGGUCGCCGGACGGGAGGCUGAAGGGAUGGCGGCGGCGGGGGCGGAGCAGGAGGGGAGGCCGCUCCGGGUCGGGCUCGUCUGCGGCGGGCCCUCCGCCGAGAGGGGCAUCUCGCUCAACUCCGCCCGGUCCGUGCUCGAUCACAUCCAGGGGGAGGAUCUGUUGGUGAGCUGCUACUACAUCGACUGCGGUAUGAACGCCUACGGGAUAUCACCGGCACAGCUAUAUUCCAACACCCCUUCUGAUUUUGAUUUCAAGCUUGAAAGUCUAGCACAAGAAUUCCGCUCCUUAUCUGAAUUCACGGAGCAUCUUGCUGCCAAUGUUGACAUUGUCUUCCCGGUGAUACAUGGCAAAUUUGGUGAAGAUGGUAGUAUUCAGGAGCUUUUGGAGAAAACAAAUGUCCCAUUUGUCGGGACACCCUCUAAUGAAUGUCGUCGUGCUUUUGACAAGCAUAGUGCAUCGAUCGAGCUCAACGCGCAAGGUUUCUUAACAGUACCGAACUUUCUUGUAGAGAAGGAUAAGUUGGCCAAGUCAGAGUUGGAGCAAUGGUUCCAAAGCAUCAACUUGAAUAAAGAAAAUGGCAAAGUGGUGGUCAAACCUACGAGAGCUGGAUCAAGUAUUGGUGUGGUUGUUGCCUAUGGUGCUAAUGAUGCAGCUGAGAAAGCCGAGGGAAUAAUUUCAGAGGGAAUUGAUGACAAAGUUAUCGUAGAAGUUUUCCUUGAAGGGGGCUGUGAGUUUACAGCCAUUGUUAUUGAUGUUGGGACAGCUAAUACCAGUGAGCCUGUUGUUCUCCUUCCAACUGAAGUUGAGCUUCAAUCAUCUGGCAAUAAUGAUAUUCAGGAGGAUACAAUAUUUAACUACCGUAGGAAGUACCUUCCGACUCGACAGGUUACUUAUCACACGCCUCCACGUUUUCCGCCAGAGGUGAUUGGUUGCAUAAGACAAGGAGUAUCUCUUUUAUUUCGCCAUCUUGGCCUUCGUGACUUCGCUAGGAUAGAUGGUUGGUUUUUACCAACUCCUGUUAGUACCCUUUCAUCAGGUGAAAAUGGUGGUAGAUUUGGAAAUACAGAGUAUGGUACUGUCCUUUUCACUGAUAUUAACUUGAUAAGCGGGAUGGAGCAAACCAGUUUUUUAUUCCAACAAGCUUCAAAGGUUGGAUUUUCUCACUCUCGAAUCCUCCGUACAAUUGUUCAGCAUGCUUGCUCGCGAUUUCCUUCCCUUGUUCCUUGCAAUAAUUCCUGGACUGCUUUGUCCAGAAAAAUGCAAUCAGCAAAACAAGCAGAGGUAAUCCAAAACGGAACACACAAGCAGAAGGCUUUUGUGAUAUUUGGUGGUGACACUUCAGAGCGGCAAGUAUCUCUUAUGAGUGGCACAAACGUCUGGCUUAAUUUGCAAGGCUUCGAGGAUCUUGAUGUGACACCGUGCUUGCUUACGCCUGCAAAUGGGUAUUCUUCUUCCCACAACCAAGAUGGCGAAAGUUCACGUGACGUGUGGACACUGCCAUAUUCAUUAGUGUUACGACAUACCACUGAAGAAGUUCAUGCUGCAUGUUUGGAGGCAAUUGAACCAGAGCGGGUUGAAAUAACAUCUCGCUUGCGUGAUCAAGUAAUGAAAGAACUUGAACAAGCAUUAAGCAAACAAGAUUGGUUUGCUGGCUUUGACAUCGCUGAUGAACAACCUACCAAGUACUCUCUGCAACAAUGGAUUGACCAUGUUAAAGAAGCUAAAGCUGUAGUGUUCGUAGCAGUUCAUGGCGGUAUUGGAGAGGAUGGUACCAUUCAAUUGAUGUUGGAAUCUGCAGGAGUUCCUUACACAGGGCCAGGACCAAUAGCUUCUAGGACAUGUAUGGACAAGGUUGCAACUUCACUUGCCGUCGACCAUUUGGCUGGUUAUGGAAUUCACACAAUACCUAAGGGUGUACGAGAAACAGACGAGCUACUAAGCUCAUCUCUUGUUGAUAUCUGGAAUGACCUGAAAUCAAAACUACAAACAGAAACAGUAUGUGUGAAACCUGCACGUGAUGGAUGCUCAACUGGCGUGGCAAGACUGUGCUGUCCGGAGGACCUGGAAGUCUAUGUAACUGCAUUGAGGAGAAAGCUUCAGCGUCUGCCUGCUAACUGCCUAUCUAGGGCACAUGGAGUUAUUGAGAUGCCAGUCCCUCCUCCAGAGUCUUUAAUUUUUGAGCCAUUUAUUGAAACCGACGAAAUUAUCAUUUCAAAUAAAUCAAGGGAUGACAGUGCCCGUCAUCUGGUAUGGAAGGGAGAAAAGGAGUGGCUUGAAGUGACUGUCGGUGUAGUUGGCAAAUGUGGGGAGAUGCAUUCGUUAAAUCCAAGUAUCACGGUCAAAGAAAGUGGUGAUAUUUUAUCGCUCGAAGAGAAAUUUCAAGGUGGAACCGGAAUCAACUUGACACCACCUCCAGCAACAAUUAUGAGCGAGGACGCGCUGCGGAAGUGCAAAAGUUGUAUCGAGAUGAUGGCGAACACACUGGGUCUGGAAGGUUUCUCGCGCAUCGACGCAUUUGUGAAUGUGCGCAACGGAGAGGUUCUGCUGAUAGAGGUGAACACUGUACCUGGGAUGACUCCAUCCACGGUUCUGAUUCACCAGGCACUUACAGAGGACCCACCAAUCUAUCCACACAAGUUCUUCAGGACGCUCCUUGAUCUGGCGUUUGCAAGGGCAAACUAGAUGAUGAUAUACAGUUCGUCCCCCCAUGAUCUCUGGAAGAACUACUCGUCGGCCGGCCAUUCCAGUGCAGAUUAAUAAGGUCGUUUAUAGGUGUAUUUCAUGCAACUGUUGAGUGUAUAAGUGACUAUAUCGUAUGGGUUUUUGAUUUACUCAAUGCAUGGUGAGCUUGGCAAGUGCAGUGCCAAGAGUUUGCGGUGCUAAUUAAAGAUCUUCUUAAUAAAGGAUUAGAUGAUUGUGUAGUAGUCGUUGGUGAGGUCCAGUGCUCUAAAAGGGCUUUCCACCAUGGUCGAUCUACGGUGCGAUUUGUGCUUAAUCAGUGAAAAGAUAGUUUCACCACUAUGGUUAAUCAAGAGUUUACUUGA